GUUUAACGUAUAUGUAGAAUGACUCUGACGUAGAGCUGCAGAAGGAAAAACAAAGCGAUGUCUUGAUGAGAAGAUGAUGCAGAACAUGUGYGAGCCGUCAACAAGUGCAACUCGCUCAAGACCCUGAAACUUUGCAGCUUUUUUUUUCUAUUGCUUUUCAUAUCAACAGUUUUUUUUUCAUCAGCUUUUCCACAUGUUUACUGGACAGUGAGACUAUAUUAGAGACGCUGCGGUCAAAGUAGAUUUUUGCUGCCAGUCGACAGAAAGUGCCAGCGAUGACUUCAGCCACAUCCCCAUCCUCGGAGGGUUCCUCACCUCAGAAAGUCUGCCAUUCCCAGACGCAGACUGACAUCAGCAAGCCCCUGCURGGUUCUACGGGGGGAAUCCUGGGUUCAGGUGGAGGAGGACCCGGAGCUGGAGAGAUCAAUGCUCUGCGUAAAAGACGCAGAGUUCUCUCCAAGGACGGACGAAGCAAUGUCCGGAUUGAGCACAUCAGUGGCAGAGGAGCCCUGUACCUCCGGGACCUCUGGACAACUUUCUUGGACAUGCAGUGGCGCUACAAGUUCUUCUUCUUCUCUGCUACAUUUGCUGGAACCUGGUUCCUGUUUGGAGUACUUUGGUACCUGGUGGCCUUGGUUCACGGAGACCUGAUUGAGUUUGACCCCCCUUCCAAUCACACUCCUUGUGUAAUGGAGGUGAAGACCCUGACAGGUGCCUUCCUUUACUCCCUGGAGUCUCAGACCACAAUUGGCUACGGUUUCCGCUGCAUCACAGAGGAGUGUCCUGUAGCGAUAGUCCUCCUCAUCGUUCAGCUGGUCAUCACCAUGGUCAUGGAAAUCUUCAUCACUGGCACUUUUCUUGCAAAGGUUGCUCGUCCCAAGAAGAGAGGUGAGACAGUGAAGUUCAGUCAACAUGCUGUUGUGUCAAAUCAUGAGGGGAGGCCCUGCCUUAUGAUCCGAGUAGCCAACAUGCGCAAAAGCUUGUUGUUGGGUUGCCAGGUGACAGGGAAGCUGCUCCAGACAUCCCUGACAAAGGAGGGUGAAACGGUGCGACUGGACCAGCGCAACGUGCCUUUCCAGGUCGACACRUCCAGYGACAGCCCCUUCCUCAUCAUACCUUUGACCUUCUACCACAUCAUCGACGAAAACAGUCCCCUCAGAGCCUGGGCAGCAAAGGGUGGUGGCUGGACGGAUCCUGAACUGGCAGAUUUUGAGCUUCUGGUGAUCAUGAGCGCCACGGUCGAGCCGACGUCGGCCACAUGCCAGGUUCGGACAUCCUAUCUCCCGGAGGAGAUCCUCUGGGGAUACGAGUUCCCCCCUGUCAUGUCCCUGUCCCCCUCAGGAAAAUACGUGGCUGACUUUGCGUUCUUCGACAAAGUGGCAAAAACCAAAACGCCUCCCCUCCUGAAGCAGGACCUCUCCCCAAACGACAGACCACAGGUACAAUACCUCAGAGGCAAAGAAGACGGAAGGAACCAGGAGAAGUUACGGCUGGAAGAGAACUACCGGGUGGAGGGGAAGGGACGAGAAAGGGGACGUAUUAGAGAUAGCAGUCCCCUGAGUGUACGGAUUAGUAAUGUAUGAACAACAUACCUGCGGCAGGAAGAGGCUGUGGGAGGAGAAGACAGGAAGAAGAAAAAAAAGCUGCUAAACAUAAAACCACAUGCCCACACAUACCAACAUAAUUCUUCUGCCUACACACACACAUACUGUAGGUUAAAUGUAGAGCAAAAUACCUGCCGUCAACAUCCAAACAAACCACAAGUGUGUAAACAAAGAACCGAGAAUAUCUGCAGCUAGCUUUCAGCAGAGCAAGGUAAAAACUAGCACAAAGGUACAGCGAGUUUUUAAGACAUUUAAAGAAAACACAUGUACAAUUCUAGAGAUUUUGUGACUGUAAUUCAUUUUAACACUAGAAAACAAACUGUCUUUCAAGUAGAGCCAAGAAUAUUUACUUGAUUUUACAUGAUAUUGUCCCUUUCAGGUUCAGUAUGAACACUAUUAAAGCACAGCACUGUUUUAUAAAUACUCAGUUUGUGGGAUUUAGUGACAUCUUGUUGUAAAGAUGCAGAUUCCCUACCUUCCUCUUACUUCCUGKUUGUAAAGAAUACGGUGCAAACAUCAGCCAUAUAAGAUGAAGCUAGGCCUUAGUGUGAAGCCACAGGAUCCCAUAUUACAGACGUUGCCAUGUAUUUUUGGAUCCACAGUCUGUGAACUAUCAAUGUGGAGAUAYAAGCACCGCCUACAUUUUACCAUGAUGGUGCAUACAUSUCAAGUWKUAGGGAUUGUCCGUAAUUUACACAGAUUUUCCAUAAUUUUGCAGGCUUACAGACGAGUAGAGCAAUGUCACGGACUUUUUUAUGUUUUUCGCAUUUUUUCAAAAUUUCAAUUUCAGAUUUAUUUAACACGUCAGAGCCCGUGGGACGUAAAAAACAAAACAAAACAAAAAAUAAAAUAAAAGAAAUAACAUUAAAUAUCCUCUUCCAAUACACUCUGCUCUUAGAAAUAAGUUCUCCCGCCCUCAUUUCCUCCAACUGUUGCAGCCGACAGUCCACUGCUGGCGGUCGACUUGCAACCCCCAACGUUUACGGAUUUUUGAGGCACAGGUAAAUGUUCAAAGGGGCUGAAAUAUAUGAUACUGKUAUGUAACUUUUCUUUUUAAGCAUGAAAUAAUUAGAGCUAACUAACAGCAAAAGUAAGCACUUGAACAUAAAUUAUACAAGUAAAAAAAAUUUUAUCGACAGAAAUGUUCUGUUUGUUUACAAGGAGUGAGCGGUACUUAAAACUUGGGCUGGAACCAGUCCUAUUCYGGUUACAAUUUUUUACAGGCCUAUCAAUAAAUACAGUUUACAAAUAUGGACCCCCCUGAGGGGACAUUGGGGGAUUUUUUUUUUUUCUUGUGUUGCCUCGCAAUGCAUUUUGUGUUCCCACACAGUCACGGAUGUGACACUUGCCUUUUAGAAUAUUCUGAGUAUUCUUCUUGGCUGAUUUCACAAURAAACUUCAUGAAUUUCAAACACGGGUGUAGUGUCCUUUCCAUUGUUUCUGCUGUCUGGUUCAGCGACUWUCCCACAAAGUAUUGYGAGGUAACGCAAAAGUAUUUGUUGUUUCUGCUGUUUUUUAAAAAUAAAUUCACAUGUGCACCAUGAUGUGGGAGUUACCACUUCAAUUCAGCUUCGGCACAAACAUCUUACAGGCACACAGGAUCACUAUCAACUUCCUUUACUUGUGGUGACAUCCUGCUUCGUUAACUGGAAAUUUCAAAAUAAAAGUCCCAUGCUAAAUAUUACAGUAUUGAGAGGUAACUCAAAACGUUUGCAAAGGAAUGCUAAAAAGAAAAAGAAAAAAAAAAUACCCCAAGCCCC